AUGUCUUAUCUCCUAUACUCCCUCACCUUCCUCUUCCUCAUCACAGGCACAGCCCUCUACCUAACCCGCACCCACUGGCUCCCCCACCUCCCGCUACCCAACUACCUCUACUCCCGCCUCCCCACAAGUUUUACUGGCGACAUCGAAGCCGGCCUCACCUCCUCCGAUUUCGAUCUAUCUGCCAACGUUGACGAAGGUGAUUCGCGCGGCGGCCUCGACGCAGCGGGCAAACGGGAGGUGUUGAAGAUCAUGAAGCAAAGACGGGUGGAUUUCAAUGAGGCGAGGAGAUUGUAUAUGCAGCAGAGAUUUGUAAAGAAUAAUAUUGGGCCCGAUGGGAGGCCGAGGGAUCCGAAGUUUGUGUCUUUUUCGUGA